AUGAGUCCUAUGAAGCACUGGGGCAGCCCUUGCCUUUUUCCCUUGCAGCUCUUUAGUCUCUGCUGGGUGCUCUCAGUGGCCCAGAGCAAGACAGUCCGAUACAGCACCUUCGAAGAGGAUGCCCCUGGCACGGUCAUCGGGACCCUUGCAGAGGACCUGCACAUGAAAGUGUCUGGAGACACAAGCUUCCGCCUGAUGAAGCAGUUCAACAGCUCUCUGCUCCGGGUACGUGAGGGCGACGGGCAACUGACCGUCGGGGACGCAGGCCUGGACCGUGAGCGUCUGUGUGGCCAGGCUCCACAGUGUGUGCUGGCCUUCGAUGUGGUCAGCUUCUCCCAGGAGCAGUUCCGACUGGUGCACGUGGAGGUGGAGGUGAGGGAUGUCAACGACCAUGCGCCCCGCUUUCCCCGAGCCCAGAUCCCGGUGGAGGUCUCCGAGAGUGCUCCCGUAGGCACGCGCAUCCCCCUGGAGGUGCCUGUGGACGAGGACGUGGGUGCCAACGGGCUGCAGAGUGUUCGUCUGGCCGAACCUCAUAGCCCCUUCCGCGUGGAGCUACAGACGCGCGCGGAUGGUGCCCAGUGUGCAGACCUGGUGCUGCUCCAGGAGCUGGACCGCGAGAGUCAGGCUUCCUAUAGCCUGGAGCUGGUGGCUCAGGACGGAGGGCGACCGCCACGUUCCGCCACAGCAGCACUCAGUGUGCGCGUGCUAGAUGCCAAUGACCACAGCCCGGCCUUCCCCCAGGGUGCCGUGGCCGAGGUAGAAUUGGCCGAGGACGCACCUGUGGGAUCGCUGCUGCUGGACCUGGACGCUGCGGACCCAGACGAGGGUCCCAAUGGCGACGUAGUAUUCACCUUCGGCGCCCGCACCCCUCCCGAAGCCCGCCAUCUCUUCCGGCUCGACCCGCGCUCUGGCCGCCUCACCUUGGCCGGGCAGGUAGACUACGAGCGCCAGGACACAUAUGAGCUGGACGUGCGGGCUCAAGACCGAGGCCCAGGGCCCCGGACAGCCACCUGCAAGGUCAUCGUGCGUAUCCGAGACGUCAACGACAACGCUCCCGAUAUUUCUAUCACCCCUCUGGCCGCCCCGGGGGCUCCAGGCGCCUCGCCCUUCGCCGCCGCAGCCGCCGCCGCCGCACUCGGAGGAGCGGACACGGCCUCGUCGGUGGGGCCCGGGACACAGGAAGCCGGCGCCACCUCGCUGGUGCCAGAGGGGGCGGCGCGCGAGAGCCUGGUGGCGCUGGUCAGCACCUCGGACAGGGACUCGGGCGCCAACGGGCAGGUGCGCUGCGCCCUCUACGGGCACGAGCACUUCCGGCUGCAGCCGGCCUACGCGGGCAGCUACCUGGUGGUCACCGCGGCGUCUUUGGACCGGGAGCGCAUCGCCGAGUACAACCUAACGCUGGUGGCCGAGGACCGUGGCGCGCCCCCUCUGCGCACCGUGAGACCCUACACCGUGCGCGUGGGUGACGAGAACGACAACGCGCCGCUCUUCACCAAGCCAGUCUACGAGGUGUCAGUCCGCGAAAACAACCCUCCAGGCGCCUAUCUGGCCACAGUGGCCGCCCGCGACCCGGACCUGGGCCGCAACGGUCAGGUCACCUACAGGCUGGUAGAGGCCGAAGUGGGCCGCUCCGGGGAAGCCGUGUCCACUUACGUCUCGGUAGACCCGGCGACCGGGGCCAUCUACGCUCUGCGGAGCUUCGACUAUGAGACGCUGCGCCAGCUCGACGUGCGCAUCCAGGCCAGCGAUGGCGGAUCCCCCCAGCUUUCCAGCAACGCUCUGGUGCAAGUGCGGGUGCUGGAUCAGAAUGACCACUCUCCGAUCCUCGUGCACCCGGCGCCGGCCAAUGGCUCCCUAGAAGUAGCAGUCCCUGGACUGACUGCAAAGGACACAGCUGUGGCGCGCAUCCAGGCCCGGGAUGCUGACGAAGGCGCCAACGGAGAACUGGCCUUUGAUCUCCUGCAGCAGGAGCCACGCGAGGCCUUCUCCAUAGGCCGCCGCACGGGGGAGAUCGUGCUCACCGGGGACCUCUCGCAGGAGACUCCAGGCCGCGUGUUCAAGGCCCUGCUGGUCAUAUCCGACGGCGGCCGCCCUCCUCUCACCACCACAGCAACCGUCAGUUUCGUGGUCACAGCAGGCGGCGGGCCAGCAGCGCCUGCCAGUGCCGGGAACCCGGAGCACUCCCGGCCACCUGGCUCUCGCCUCGCGCCGUCGGGGCCUUCGCUGCAGUGGGACACGCCGCUGAUCGUCAUCAUCGUGUUAGCCGGGAGCUGCACGCUGCUGCUUGCCGCCAUCAUCGCCAUCGCCACCACCUGCAACCGCCGCAAGAAGGAGGUGCGCAAAGGGGGGGCCCUCCGGGAAGAGCGGCCCGGGGCGGCGGGCGGCGGAGCCUCGGCCCCUGGCUCCCCGGAGGAGACCGCCCGGGGAGCUGGGCCCAGGCCCAACAUGUUCGACGUGCUCACCUUCCCUGGCAGCGGCAAAGCGCCCUUUGGCAGCCCCGCGGCCGACGCGCCCCCGCCCGCGGUCGCCGCGGCCGAAGUGCCGGGCUCGGAGGGCGGCAGCGCCACUGGGGAAAGCGCCUGUCACUUCGAGGGGCAGCAACGGCUCCGAGGCGCGCACGCCGAGCCCUACGGCGCCUCUCCGGGCUUCGGGAAGGAGCCUGCGCCCCCUGUGGCGGUUUGGAAGGGCCACUCAUUCAACACCAUCUCUGGCCGAGAAGCUGAAAAGUUCAGCGGCAAAGACAGCGGAAAAGGAGACAGUGAUUUCAAUGACAGUGACUCCGACAUCAGCGGGGACGCUUUGAAAAAGGACCUCAUCAAUCACAUGCAGAGUGGACUGUGGGCGUGCACUGCUGAAUGCAAGAUCCUGGGCCAUUCUGAUCGCUGCUGGAGCCCAUCCUGUGCCGGACCCAAUGCACACCCCCCUCCUCACCCACCAGCCCAGAUGUCAACCUUCUGUAAGAGCACAUCCCUGCCUCGGGAUCCUCUGCGCAGGGACAAUUACUACCAAGCCCAGCUGCCCAAGACAGUGGGGUUGCAGAGCGUCUAUGAGAAAGUGUUGCAUAGAGACUAUGACAGGACAGUCACUUUGCUCUCCCCUCCCCGUCCAGGGAGGCUCCCAGACCUGCAGGAGAUUGGAGUACCCCUCUAUGAGUCCCCUCCUGGUGGCAGAUAUGUGUCCCCAAAGAAGGGGGCCAAUGAAAAUGUGUAA